UCAGGCGCUGGCAUCAUGCCUUCCUUGUAUCCUAAGGGAGGAUGGGUCAUCCUGGCACUCCUAAGGCCUCGGAUGCCCUGCAGUUACCUUUCAGUCAUGACGCCUCAUCCAUUACAAAAUUUCCCAGAAGGGAAGUGAGGUUGCAGGUGGAGCCUGUGGUUGGGAGGCACAGAAAUGGGAAGGGGGACCAAAGUUCAUUAGAUGAAACCAAGUUCACGGAUCAGGAGGAUUAUGUAACCUUUAAAGGCCAGACAGGAAUUGCCUGGGAACUUGGAGGUGAGCGGGUACCCCUGUUUGGGAAAGAAGCGGAAGCCCUUCAGAGUGUUCUGGGGCGCAGCGGUCCGAGGACCAUGGAAUUCCCGCCUGGCUUUUUGCUGCUGCUGCUGCUGCCACUGCUGUGUGCUGCCUCGGCGGUCCUGCCGGAGCCCGAGUUUGAGACAGAGCCCUGCGAGCUGGAUGAUGACGAUUACCUCUGUGUCUGCAACUUCUCGGGUUCAGAGCCCUACUGGGCCAGCGGCUACCAAUGUAUGGCUGCCGUAGCAGUGGAGAUCCGUGGUGGCGGUCACAAUCUUGAGAAGUUUCUAGAGGUCGCUGAUACGGACCCGGGGCAGUACGCUGACAUGGUCAAGGCUCUGCGCGUUCGGCGACUGACGGUGGGCGCCGCCCGGGUGCCGGCCCGGCUCCUGUUUGCGGUCCUGCGUGCGCUGGGCUACUCCCGCCUCGAAGAACUGACGCUCGAGGACCUGGAGGUCACGGGCACGGCUCUGCCGCCGCUUCUGGAAGCCACGGGGCCUGCGCUCUCCACCCUCCGCCUCCGCAACGUGUCGUGGGCCGCGGGGGGCGCCUGGCUGGCCGAGCUGCAGCGGCGGCUCAAGCCGAACCUCAAGGUGCUGAGCGUGACGCAAGCACACCCGAUUGCUUUCUCCUGCGAGCAGCUGGGCGCCUUCCCGGCCCUCACCACCUUGGACUUGUCGGACAACCCGGGGCUGGGCGAGCGCGGGCUGCCCGCCGCCCUGUGUCCGCACAAGUUCCCGGCGCUCCAGGUGCUGCAGCUGCGCCACUCGGGGAUGGAGACGCCGAGCGGCGUGUGCGCGGCGCUGGCGGCGACGGCCGUGCAGCCGCAGCACCUGGACCUCAGCCGGAACGCGCUGCGCCCCGCGGCCAGCCCAGGCGCCCCCCCGUGCGUGUGGCCCAGCACGUUGAGCUCUCUCAGCUUGGCCUUCGCGGGACUGGAGCAGGUGCCCAAGGGCCUGCCGGCCAAGCUCAGCCGCCUGGAUCUCAGCUGCAACCGCUUGAACAGAGCGCCGCGGCCAGAUGAGCUGCCGCAGGUGGAACACCUGACACUGGCUGGGAAUCCCUUCCUGGGCCCUGGCGCCACCAAGCCCCGUGAGGGCCCGCAGACCUCAGGAGCCACCGGAGUCUGUGGGCGCUCGCCGCCCGCGUAAGGCUGCCAGGCCGUCUCGUGCUGCUCCCAGGACCCCGAGGCUUCACCGAAGGCCUACGAGAGAAAAAGGUCAAUGUUGAGUGGGCUCACGCUGACCUGCCAAGACUGCUAGACAAAACGAACGCUUGCCCUUCUUUUAUUAAAUUCUCAAACAGCGA